AUGUCAAAUAUUUUGGAGAAAUCAAAUGGAAGUGUUGAAUCACAAAUUGCCAUAUUAAAGGAAAGGUUAUUAGGUUAUGCUUGUAAGCUUGCACCAGUACCGAAGAUUGGUAAGAUAGAUACUUCAAAGAACGGAAAAUGUACUUCAAGAACUGGUUCUUCAGAAAAAAAUUGUGAUAUAUGUGGUGCCAAAUCUAGUUCUUUAUUUUACUGGGAAAACUUUGAAUAUUUUCCAGAAACAAGGAAAAUUAAUUUGAAGGAUCCAUUGGAUGUAUGUACAUUAUGUCUUAAUAUUCUAGACAUUAAUGCAUUAACCAACUCGAUUAUUAAAAGCGAAAAUGAAAAUUCUCUCAUAUUUUCACAUUUUCUGAAUGUUAAUCAGAUUGAUCCAACGAAUCAAACAUAUCUCCAGCAUUGUAUUUCAAUAUCUUUUGCAAUACAAAUUCUUGCAAAGUAA